UAUUAAAUCAUUCGUUGUAAGAACUCAAAAGUAACUCUUUCCAAUCUAGUCAUUAUUUUUAUAAAUUUCCAAGCACAAACUUUUACUUCAAUCGAAUGAGGUAGCAGGAACAAAAAAAAAAGAAAAUCCAUUCAAAAUGCCGACCUGGGAGUCGCUGGGUGGCACCAUGGCGGGCAUCCUGCUCGGUCCGUGGUCCUGCCACCUUAACGAUGGCCUCUUCAGCCUUUGGGAAAAGGAUGCUCAGUCCUUGGGUCCGUUCAACCACAGCCAGGAGGAGCAAGUGAAGCCGGGAUACUGCUGCUCCUUGGAUUGGCUGAUGCAGUUGCAGCAGUCAUCGUGUCCACUGGUUAGGCUAAUGAUAAUGGGACUGGUGGUCCUGCCCCUCUACAAUGCUCUGCUUGUCCUGGUGGGGUGGCGCCUCAACUGUAGUGCUUCGACCAAUGCGAAGCGUUUGAUCCUGGGAAUUCAACGCUCGAGACCCGUCAAAAGGCAGGCGCCACUCCCACCCCAAGCACCACCCCGGAGCCGUCGACGUCCGGCGCCCAAACCCCCGGUUCAGAAGCAGUGCGUUUCAGAAUGCUGCAACUAUUCGAGUCGUACGAAUCCUUUCGGGUGCAUGCAGCGCAAUCGGGAACUGGCGGAUGAGUAUCUGCGGCGUAAUCUGCAGCUGGCUCUGGAUGGAUUGCAGCAGCCACUGCCGACUCCGACUCCGGCGCUGUCGCCACCGCCGUCCCCUUUCGAAUCGGAAGUACCCUCUGAUAUGGAUGCUCCCGAGUCCGGCGGCGACAGCGUAACGCGCAAGUCACGGCACAAUCUGCUGUCCGCUCUGAAGCGUAGCAUUUUUCGGCCCAUUUGGCAGAGAUUAAGGUCCCGGCAAAGUCGGAAAAAAUUCAAGAAUUCGGAGGCCAAUACAACCAAUGUCUCGGCUUGUAGCAGAGACAGCAGUUGCAGUUCCAUCUCCAGAUCCAGCUGCUUCUAUGUCUACUACCAGCAGAGAAAUGGAUGGGGGCCAGGUGACCAACUGGCUACGUCGGAAACCAGUCCAUCCGAUGCGACCCCGGCACACAUCUGAACUCCAAGUAAAUCAAUUUGAUUAUAUAUUUUUGUUACGAUUAAAACCGUGCUAAAGUCAA